GCGGUACCAGCCUCCAGCCUGUCGCCGGGACUGCCCCUGACCCAGGCGCGCCCGCUGCUCGGUGGCAGGAGGGCCGGCGAAGCGCCAUGGCCUGCAUCCUGAAGAGAAAGUCUGUGAUUGCAGUGAGCUUCAUAGCAGCGUUCCUCUUCCUGCUGGUCGUGCGCCUUGUAAAUGAAGUGAAUUUCCCAUUGCUACUAAACUGCUUUGGACAACCUGGUACAAAGUGGAUACCAUUCGCCUACACAUACAGGAGGCCCCUUCGAACUCACUAUGGAUACAUAAAUGUGAGGACGCAAGAGCCUUUGCAACUGGACUGUGACCUCUGUGCCAUAGUGUCAAACUCAGGUCAGAUGGUUGGCCAGAAGGUGGGGAAUGAAAUAGACCAAUGCUCCUGCAUUUGGAGAAUGAACAAUGCCCCCACCAAGGGUUACGAAGAAGAUGUUGGCCGCAUGACAACGAUUCGAGUUGUGUCCCACACCAGCGUUCCGCUUUUGCUAAAAAACCCUGAUUAUUUCUUCAAGGAGGCAAACACUACUAUUUAUGUCAUUUGGGGCCCUUUCCGCAAUAUGAGGAAAGAUGGCAAUGGCAUCGUUUACAACAUGUUGAAAAAGACUGUUGACAUCUAUCCGAAUGCCCAAAUUUACGUGACCACAGAGAAGCGCAUGAGUCACUGUGAUGGAGUUUUUAAGAAGGAAACUGGGAAAGACAGAGUCCAGUCUGGCUCUUAUCUCAGCACAGGAUGGUUCACCUUCAUUCUGGCCAUGGAUGCCUGUUACAGCAUUCACGUCUACGGGAUGAUAAAUGACACCUACUGCAGGACAGAAGGGUAUAGAAAAGUCCCCUAUCAUUACUAUGAACAAGGAAGAGAUGAGUGUGAUGAAUAUUUUCUUCAUGAACAUGCCCCAUACGGGGGGCAUAGGUUUAUCACUGAAAAGAAAGUGUUUGCUAAAUGGGCCAAGAAACACAGGAUAAUAUUUACACACCCGAACUGGACAGUGUCCUGAUGUUGGUUUUUCUGAUCUUGCCAUACCACUUGAUGUAAUCAUGAUGCUGCAACAGUGAUGCGAAUGAUGACGACGGUGAUGAUAAAGACAACAACAAUGAUGUUCAAGUUUCUGUACAUCCUCAGAUAUGAAUGGUGACUCUGCCUGUCAUUUGAACUUGGGAUUCCGUGGAGGGUGGUUGUGCUCAUUGUGUUCUUUCUGAAGGUUCAACAUUACAUACUGCACUUUGUAAUUUAACUGGAAUUGAAAUGAAGGCCAGUAACAUGACAGCAGUGACCUAAGAAAUGGGAAGAUUAUCCUUCAAGAUAGCUGCCCAGAAUUCUUGAACAGUAAGUAACUUCCAAAAGCCAUGGGAUUUGGCCUCAUGAGGCAGAGUUUUUGACUCUAUAGUCUCUUGAACCUGAGCAGCUCCACCAUCUUGAAGAAUGGUUGAUCGUCGAACACUGACCCAAGAAAUGCUCUCUGGGUACAAGCAUAUUACUGCAGUUACUAGUUAGUCUGAGGGCAGGGGAGAAUCUCUUCCUGACAUACUGUCUUCCUACAGUACCUCCUACAGCUAAAACCUCAGGCCAUUUCCUAAUUAACAAUGAUGAUGUCAUGGACAUCAUACCCAUCAAGAUUAGUUGACCAUCUCAAACACUUAAUUCAAAAUGGGCCAACUAGCAAAUCUUGAUGAAUUUCCACUCUCACCACUCCAUUCUUACUACCCCAAACAAUAUAACUAAACAUGUUACUAGAAUGAUCUAUAUUAAUGUUUAGUUAUUUUUGGUUGAGUCCUAAGUAUUUCAGAAGCUAUUUAACAUGUAAGAUAUCAACACUGUAAUAACAUAUACUGUGAAAACAUUCUUAAAACAUAACCAAAAGGAUUUACUAACUCUGCUUCAACAUCCAACAAAACAAAACUGUAUGCUUUUAAAAUCACGAAACAGGGAAAACAAAGCAUAUUUUUACAUCAAUUUGUAUCCUACCAUACUUCAUAAUAUAUAUUUGUAUAUUCCAAUUUCUAUUUUAUAGGCCCAAGAUGUCUCUCCUUACAUUACAUUACCAUUUCUAAGUGCCAACUGUUAGACAUGGAGAAGAAAUGCUUCCUUGUAUUAAAUCUGACCAGAACUUUUGCCUUCUUAGGGUUUAUUUUCCCCACAGUGUAUCAGUUGUUGUACCAUAAUAAUAACAAUAAUAAUGACCUUAAUGUCCAAAGUGCUUUGUCAUUCAGAGCCCUUUCACAUAUGCCGUCCCAUGCAAUGCCCAUGACCACCCCACUGGGCUAUUGCCUAUGCAUUCUGACAUCUCCUUGGCAGAUAAUCUGUAAUUUGUUAAUUCCUCUGAUAUAUUCCAGAUUGCUCCCCUUGCUAAUAUUUGUAUAGAAUAGCAUUUAUGUAGAGUAGUAGCUAAUUGAUUUCAGUACCAAAUACAAUAUACCAUAUCAGGAUUAUGCAAAAAGUAUCACAAGGAUGGUCUUGGCCAUAGACUAGGACCUCUGUGAACAUAGGUACUUUUGAUUUUUUUCUUUUAAUGACUCUAUUUCGGUGAGGAAAAGAUGAGGAAGCAGAGGCAACAGGAGGGAAUGAAAGCAAAGAAAUACAGUUUCCUGUUCCCAUCUUGAGAUGACUCUGUUCUCCAUAUACUCAUUGCUCAUUAAAUAUUCGAAGGUCGAUUUGCCAAGAAAAGAGCUGAAAGACCAAAAACAUUCUUGCAAAUAAUCCAAAAGACAAAAGCCAGGAUUAAUUUAAAAAAUGUUUUGGAAGCUGGAAGUGAUGAUGCAUUCCACUUCAGGAGCAUUUUGCAAGUCCUUCCCAGUGCUAAUUCCUGUGAUGAAUUAUUAUUAAAAUGGGCCAUUUGGGCAAGUCUCUUUCCUGCUCUUCUGCCAUUUUGAUACCCAGGACUCACAUCCAUAAAAAUUAGCAAGCACCACUUCCAUUGUUGGAAUUGUUAAUGUUGUUAUUCUUUUUUUGUUUCCUUAUGUGAUUUUCAGUUCUAUGUAUGUUAGUUUUUUCUAGCUAAUGAUGGCUAGAAAUGCCCACUCAAAG